AUGGAAACUAAAUUUAAAAACCCACAAGUUUUUGUAGUAGAAGGGGAAGCAGCAGAUGUACAGGAAGACGAAAGUAGUUUCCUGCAGCAAUCUCCCAGUGAAAAAAGGAAACCAGAAAUACAUCCUUUAGUGACAACUGUCAAAGAGGAAAAGCCAUGUCCGUCUUAUAAUAUGGAAACUAAAGCUGAACUUGUGGAAGCUUUUGAAGGAAGUGAUGAAGAAAGUAUUGAGGAUGAUAAAAGUGCCUUGAUCAAAUCUCCCUGUGAAGAAACUUUUGAAGAGAUGCCUUUGUCAGUGAAUACUCUCAGUGAGGGAGAAUCAUGUAUAGAAUCAAGUAAGGGACCAUUCAAUUCCGGAGAUGACCCAGAUUCUGUGGAGGGAACUAACAGAAAAGAACACCAUUUUGUGUGUGAUGUAUGUGGGAAGCACUUUAGUUACAAAUGCAACCUUAAGAACCAUUUGAUGAUGCAUACAGGGGACAAACCAUUUGUUUGUAAUGAAUGUGGGAAGAGUUUUCGGCAGAAGUGUCACCUCAUUGGACAUGAAAGAAGAGCCCACACGGGGGAGAAACCAUUUGCGUGCACGCAAUGUGGUAAAAAAUUUUCUCUAAAGGAUCCCUUGAACAGACACAUGAAAACACACAUGGAGGAAAAGCCGUUUGAUUGUCUUGUUUGUGGAAAGACUUUUUGUGUGAAAAUAAAUCUUGAACUGCACUUAAGAACACACACGGGUGUCAAGCCAUUCCAUUGCAGUGAUUGUGGUAAGAGUUUUAUUAGAAAGCACGAAUUAUUCAGACACGCGAGGAUCCAUUCGAGUGAAAAGCCGUUGGUUUGUGUUGAAUGUGGGAAACACUUUGUUGGGGAACCAGAACUGAAGAAACACAUGAGAACCCAUGAUGAAAAGUUGUUUGUUUGUGAGGAAUGUGGUGAAAGGUUUAGGCUGGAAUCUACUCUCAAUAAACAUAUGCGAAUUCACACGGGAGAGAAGCCGUAUUUUUGCAGUGAAUGUGGAAAAACGUUUCGAUUUCAUUCAGGCUUUUACCAGCAUGUGCGGACCCACAGUGGAGAGAAGCCAUUUGUUUGCAAAGAGUGUGGCAAAAGUUUUAUCGGCAAAAGUGGCCUAACCAAACACAUCAGAACACAUACAGGAGAAAGACCUUUUGUUUGUGCAGUGUGUGGGAGAAGAUUCAUUCAGAAGGGUAACCUCAGGCGUCACGUUAGAACGCACACGGGAGAGAAGCCGUUUGUUUGCAGUGUUUGCGGGAAAAGAUUUAACAUUAAAUACGAAAUGACCAAACAUGAGAAAACACAUAGUGUAAAGCCGCAUGUUUGUCCAGAAUGUGGUGAAGGCUUUGACAAGAAAGUUGGCCUCAAGAGACAUUUGAGAGCUCAGUCAUGUGGUUUGAAUGUGGUAGAAAAUGAAGGAAAAGAAGUUACUUGA